AUGUCGUCGAGUGAUUGGAACGAAGUAAAAUUGUUGGCUGCUGACUUCCAACGCAUUCAGUUGACCACUUCGUCCCAGAGACUAGGGGAAAGAAAUUGUGUAGAAAUAGUUGCGAAAUUGAUCAGUACCAAGCUACUGGAUGUAGUGUUCACAACUGAUGGUAAAGAAUAUGUAACACCAGUACAUUUGACCAAGGAAUUAAAAGAUGAAGCUUAUGUCCAAGGAGGUCGUAUAAACAUACUAGAUGCGGCUAGAGCUUUAAAAGUUGAUCCAGACGUUGCUUCAAACUUGUGUGAAAAAUUAGCAAAGGAUGAACCUGAUGAUUAUUGUAUUGUUCACGGUCAAUUGAUUGGAUUGACUUAUUUGGAUCAGAUUGCUGAGGACGUUCUUGACAAACUAGAACAAAAUGGACACAUAAAUUCAUUAAAAAUAUCUCAGCAAUUUGAUUUGCCUGUGGAUAUAAUUGAUUCGAUGCUGGAAAAACGCAAUAAAAAUUUGGCUUUUAAUCUACACAAAAAUAAAAAUAAUCCAUACUUAUAUUACACCGAUUCUUACUUUAAUUCUAUUAAAAGAAUUGUUAGAGGAGCUCUUCUAGCUACUACUCGGCCAGUUUUAUGUACAGCUAUAAUAAAUCAAUGUUCUCUUGAUGAGAAAGAAUUUUUUACUGUAUUUGAGAGUUUGUUAGCAGAAAAAAAAGUACCUGGGAUGUUAACAGACCGAAUUGGAAAUGCAUGUACAUAUGUUCCAAACAUACAUACAAAAACUCUAAAUAAUUGGGUUAUGAAUUUCUACACCAACAAUAACUAUUUAGAUUAUGAAGCAAUGAAUAGCGUUGGUAUAACUGAUCCUAUUUCUUAUAUUUCACGUAUGCAACUGGGAAAAGAUUUAAUUGCAUUGACCACAUGUUCUGUUGGUCCCAAAAUAUUAGAUGAUAUUUCUGCUGCUAUAGAGGAAUGUAUUUCAACCGGAACUUGGAUUGAUAUUAUGGAUUUUGUGCCAGUAGUUUUUGACACAAAAGACGGAGUAUUGGUUUUGGAAUAUUUGUUGAAAAAAAAUAAAAUAUCAAAGUGUUUUCAAAUUUUUGAUGAUACUGCAUUGGUAACCAAUAAAUUUAUAGAAGUGCAAUCUGAACGUAUAAUCAAUUCAUUAGAUACUAAAGUAAAAAAGAUUAUUGAGUCUGGAGAAUAUGCAAAUGCCUUGAUAAAUUGGAAAAUUCAACAAAAGCUUGCAGAGGAUAAAAAUCCAGAACUCAGCCGAAAAGAAGAACGUAAAAAAAAAUCUGGUGGAAAACACGGUGGUGGAACACAGGGACGAGAAACCAAGAUAAAGGCUGUUAAAAAAAAAUAUGGACAAAAAUCAAAACAACAUGAUUCUGAUUCUGAUGAACAGGAAAAUAAAGUAGUUGCUAGUGAACAAUUUAUGAUGGAAAUUGUUAACGCCGAUGAAAUUAGAGAAAAUUUAGAAAACGAUGAAACAUUUAAAGAUGUUGAUGAAGAUAAGAAUUCUUUAAUAGAAAAAAUUGUUUCAUAUCUCUACCCAAUUUUGAAUAAAGAAGCUCUGAGGAGAUCACAAGAAAUUUAUGAUCAAGUAAUGGCAAACCGGAUGGGUGAUCGUCGUAAAGUACAUCAGGACUUUCGAGACAAACUCUUAUUACUUUUGUCUGAUUUACAUCAAUAUAUUAAAGGUAUUCAAAAAUUUGAUAGUACUGAAACUCAAGGACAGCUCACGUCAUUCUUGUUAAAAUCUAUUGGUGGAGAGAUUGUAGAAAUGGUUAAAUGCUAUGUAGCACAGAAUAAAGAACAUGACUCAGAGUCAAAAUCUAACCAAUAUGAUAAACAAGUUGAAGAUGCCAUUGAAAAACUUCAAAAAUCAUUGACAUCUAAACUGAUUGAUGAUUUCCAUGAAGCUAUCGAUGAGUUAUUGUCUUCUGUAGAUAUAGUACAAAAAAAACACGAUCGUAAAAAAGAAAGGGAACAUUUACAAAAUAAUCGUCAACUUCUUUUGAAAUCGCUAUCGGACAUUGAGGAUGACAGUGCACAAGUACUUUUAAUUGCUACACAAAUACUUUUCCAAUCUAUUACACAGACAAUGAUUAAAGUCUCGGGGAAAUUUGUAUCUGUCCUGUUGGGAUUUUUACAAAAACACAUAAGUGAUCAGGACUUUUCUGUUCUACAAAAUUACCAUGAUCUUGUUGUACAACUCUUGAAAGCCGAAGAUCCUGAAGAAAAAAAUAAUAUUAAAUCAAAACUAGAAGAGACUACGGGCAAUGUGAAAAAUCUCGUUAUCAAUUUUAAAAAGUCUUAA